CCAGAAAUGAUAGUCUGAUGGUGACAUUCGAGUUCCCUGGUACAAGCCUCAGAGUGUCAUGUGACAUUGUUGGUGCAGACCAACCUGUUCCACUUCCAAGGAACUACUCCAUAUUCUCUGAUGGUACUGAGAUUCCUAAAUCUUCAACAGGAAUCAACUUUGUGGUUGUUCCAGAUACAGAUUUCGACCUCGAAACAGAGUUCUAUUGCCAAGCAUCGAAUUAUCUUGGAAUUGCAACAAGUCAAACGACAAUACCAACCCGCACAACCGCCCCUCCUCCAACGACCGCCCUGGAAACAGCAACGUCAAAGGUUGGAAACAAAACUGGCAGUGGAGGAACCGGUGGUGAUGGCGCUAACGUAGCAGCUAUCGCUGGUGGUGUAGUAGGAGCUAUCGUUGUCAUUGUCAUCAUCGUCAUCGCCGUAUGCUAUUGUAAGAAAGAAGAACGUUUUUGCUUUGAAGCUGGAGGUUUCAGCUUUCAAGCCCUCUUUUCAUCUUGUAAAUGUUCACUCCCACCAAAGAGCAGUGGAUCAAGCAAACCUGCUGGAAGCGCCGUAGGAUCCAGUAACGGCAGUGAGAGGGAUGUUGAAUCACCAUUAAAUGGUGUAAAAGAUGUUACCGCCGAGGAGAAGACCAAACCUGAAGCUGCUCCGAGAGGCCAUGGCUCUAUCCAGCAUACAAACGAUAACCCGAAUCAAGAUAUGUACGCCAUGGUAGAUAAGAAACCAUCCGGAGGCAGAGGAGGGGAUGCCCCUGAUAGAGGGAGUGGACCAGGCCAGAAUGAGCCACAAGGCAUGCUCUACGCCGAUUUAGACCUGUCACACAAGGCGGGCCACACCGACAAACAUGUUCCUAAAAACGAAAACGAUGUUGUUGUCUAUUCCUCCAUCUUGGUGUGAGCGUGAUUCACAAGCUCUGUAAAUAAUCAUUGUACGGUACUACAUCCUCUCCGCAUCAUUGAUUCGGCAUCUCAAGACCUACCAGACAGAGCAGAAAAUGAUUUUAUCCAGAACACUUUUGAAAGUCCUGUCACAACGACAGAUCAUCCAUUGAGCACUAGAAGAGUAUUAACCCCCAGACUACCCAGUUCUCUCAUCCCUUUAGGUUUUGAUACAGGAACCACCUGGGACCUGUUUCACAGAGCCUUUUUUCAAUGACAAAUGACAAAAAGCAGUGAUGAACCUGCUGAUAACCAAUCAGAAGCAAGGAUUUCAGUAGCUUAUAACUAAAGCUGUCAUUUGUCCCUGAUGACAAGUUUUGUGAAAUGGGGCCAUUGACAAUGGAUUAACUCAAAUGAAUAUACGUUCAAGUAUGAGGUGUUAAUGCCCUUUCAGUUCUCAAUAGAUGAAAUGAUGAAAAUAGAUGAAAAUGUUGAGCAGGUUCAGGGAAGGAUGGUCAUUACACGUUUGUUUCCUUCAAGAUGAAAUUGGCAUGAAAAUACAGUUGAUGUACAGUCAAACCUGUAUUGGAAAAUCAUUUGAAGCAACCAAGAGGUCUUUCUAGACAGGUGAUUGAUAUAUACAGGUUGUAACAAAGGCAUGUUUGACUAAGAAAGGAGUACAAGGAGAAUGGUCUUUAUAAUUGUUGCACAGCUGAGAAAGACUGCUCCAAGGAAAACAAAACUGGACUUCAUAUUGUCUGUCGGUAUUAAACAUUAGGUUCUUGGAAGAUAAUGAACAAAAAAUAAAAA